GAUUUUGCUAACCUUAUGCUCCUGCUAAUCUCAUCAUUGAUUCUCAAAUUCGGCGCUUACACCGAAAGGGAAAGUGCUCUCAGCCGGUGCCGUAUUUCUUCCGUGCAUCAAGCAUAAGAAUCAGAGGAGAAUUGUAGAAGGAUCAAAUGGCUGAAACUAGUAUCUCUGAGUCAGAAACUGCAACCAAAUCUCAACUUAUAUACCGGUGUAAGAAAUGCAGAAGAAUUGUUGCUUCAGAGGAUAUUAUAGUUCCCCAUGAGCGUGGAAAAGGAGAAUCAAGCUUCAAGUGGAGUAAGAGAAACAGCGAAUCCUGGGAUAAUAAAAAACAACCAGCUGAUUGCACCUCAAUAUUUGUUGAGCCCAUGAAAUGGAUGCAACCAGUACAAGAAGGUCAAGUGGAGGAGAAGCUUGUGUGUAUGGGUUGUAAAGCUCGUUUAGGUUACUUCAACUGGGCUGGCUUGCAGUGCAGCUGUGGAGCCUGGAUCAAUCCUGCUUUUCAGCUCCAAAAAAGCAAAUUAGAUGAGUGUUAUAUGUAACUCAUUCAUUUUCCAAAAACCAGAGCUCGAAAAAUGCAUGUUACUAUCUUUUUUAUUUUUAUGAACAAUGGCUGCUUAGUUUGGAAGAUUGUCUUCUACCUGUUUUACCUUUUCAAACUAGAGAUGAUUAGGGUGCAUUUGGAUGGGUUUGUGAAGUCCUAACAUGGACCAAUGUAUGGCAUAGGCACUAGUGUGUAUGGAAGGAAAAAGUUAUGAAAUUAACCUGCAACAUAUUCAUAAGUCGUUUUUCAGUUUAAUUUCAAUAA